AUGACGCGUGUUAUCGCUCUUCAUGGAUCAACAGGCGCAGGAAAAUCGACACUCACUCGUUUAAUGGGUGAACAUUGGGGCACGAAUUGUCAUGUUAUGGAGGAAGUCUUGGAAGGAAUUAUGGCUGUGCCAAGUUCAGAUGAUAAACAUAUGUCGUGGUAUCGUCAAAAACCGGCAUUUGCCGCUCGUGAUAAUGUCACAAGUUUUUUUAUGGCAUAUAUCAGUCCAAUAUCAGUACUUAUUUUUACCCUCAUAAAUCAUUAUCUUACUGGUACUGUCUGGCCAGUUAUCAUACUGUUUCUUAUUUUUCUGGCUAUCGGUCGAUUUUUUCUUUGGUUCAACAGUACAAUGUUAUCAAAAAUGUGGUUCUACAAUGUUUCUUAUUUUAAUGAUCAACAAAACCGAAGUAAUCGUACAUGGAUAUGGAGAGAUCGAACUUGUCUCGAUGUCUAUACAUAUGCUUUAAUGGACAAUUACACUUCAGUUCCAUUGAAUAUGAGGCAAAUUCUUCUGGAAGAAACACACACAACAAGUGUAGCUAUCAUACUGGAUGUGCCAGAACAUAUUAUCAAGACACAUUUAAGAAGAAGAAUGAACGCUCCAACUACAACGUUUUGGAUGGCUUUUGCUACACGACUAAUAUUGUUGUUUAAAAUACCUAUUCGAUCAUCAAUUAAUGCUCUAAAGUUAGUCGAACGAUGGUAUCAAAAAAUGAAUGUACCCGUAAUUAAAAUUAGUCAACUUCGUGAUAAAUUAGAUUAUGAUUUAAAAACAGGAGAUAUUCAAUGGAACAAACAUUCAAUCAAUGUCCUUCAAAAAGCUAUCGACGAAGCUAUUGAAAAACGUGGAUUACCGUCUGCAACGGUUGAUGAAUCACUAAUCCCAUGGCAAACUGUACAAAACUCUCGUCUCGUUCAUUAUUAUUAA